AUGGAUGAAAACUCCAACAUCAUCCAAGCAUUAUGUCAUAUGGAAGCUAUGAAGAAGCACAAGGCAUGGCUUGGUGAUAUGGCUCCUGAGGCUACCCUUUUGUGUCUUCUUUCAAAGGCAUCUACUCAUCCUCCAAAAGAUAUUGCAAUGUUUAGCAGUGGAGUAGCAGAAAAUCUAACUCAAGCGGUGGCGGCUGAAAUUGAUGCUCACAGUGGUAUGGAUCUGGUGGGUGUUGAAGGAGUCUGCCGUAUUCGUCAGAGUGGAACAAGGGCAGUCAGCGUUGUUGGAGAUCGACUCGGUGAUGAUAGUCGAUGGCUUUUGCGGAUGGUUUUGAGAGAAAUUUGA